UUUCGUUGUUCGCAAAAUUAGAUUAGUUGUAUAUAGUGUGACAUCAGUGUGAUAUAGCUUGGUGGCACGAAUUGGUUAGAAAAAUUUAGCUACUGUUGUUUAUCUUUAAUAGUCCUUUGUCGAUAAUUGAAUGCAGUGAGGAUUACAAAAAAAAGAAUAGAAAAAAGGCUGCAGAUGAAGUGUUCUAAACACGGCAGCAACUAUAUUUGGUAAUACACGAGUAAACAUGUGGCAAAGGAAAGGAUAAAGCGUCGCUGGUAUCCUUUUCUGAUAUUUACUAUUAGCUGCCUCCAUAUCUACUUCCAUAUCAACAUUGGCUAGAACUUUACCAGACACCUUGUGCAAAACAAGAUGAAAAUAAAGCGUAAUAAGUCUCUUUCUCCCGAACCAUCCAGCAGUAGAGAUAUAAAACGUGCAAAACUUGAGGAAGUUACAUAUUCAAAUGGAGUAAUAGUAUCUCCAAACAUCCUUGAAUUUUCAGAUGAUGUUUUACUCAAUAUAUUAAAGUAUUUAUAUCCGCAAGAUCUUAUGGCAGUAAGCUUAUGUUGCCGGAGAUUUGCACAACUGACGCAAGACAGAACCCUAUGGAAAAGAGUAGAUUUCCGAACAAAGCCUAUACUUCCAGAUGACUUAAAUAAAUAUAUAAAAUUCCUGCAACCAAUGACAAUGAGCUUAGCACUGCGUGGCAAGUUACUUUCUGACGAAACCUCGGUUCUCACAGAGCAUUUCUUUAAUAAUUUCUUUAAUAAUGUGAGAUCAUUGUGCAAUCAACUUAAGGAAUUGAUUAUCGAAGAAUAUUACAUUAAUGGGAAUAAGAUUCAGAUAACAGAUUUUCCAUGCACUAUUGAAAAGCUUUCACUAGAAGGUUGCAAAAUGGAUUACAUGCAGAGUAAUAAGUCCUACUUUUUUAAAAUGGAUCUCCACAUGCCUAAUCUGACUUGUUUAAUUUUGAGCAAGUGUGACUGGUUCACACCACAUUCCUUAUUGGUUAUUAGUAAAAUACCAAACCUGAAAGAACUUAGGUUGAAUUCAUGUCACCGCCUGGGCGAAUGCGUUGCAUAUGCUAGUCUGGCAACUAGAUUUGGCUUUAAAACAUUAGAGAUUUUGGAUUUACGAGAUACUUCACUCGGGGAUAGCGAAGUUGGUUGCUUUAGUAGUACUAAAACUUUAACACAUCUCUAUCUGGAGUGUCCUUCAACAUGCAGCAAUGAUGAAUCAUCUGAGGUGAUACAACAGCAACAACGACAACGGCAGGCUUUGCGAUUACCUAUUUUAGAAGAUAACAAUCUAGCACAGUUUUUAGUCGAAGAUGGAUUUCCUUUGGAAAAUUAUGGAUUCCAACGAUGUUUAGUAUCGGACAGGGCAAUUUGCGCACUUGGAAGCGAUACUUGCGACAGAAAAGUAAUAAAUAGUUCUCCGCAGGGAAUGAUAAUAGUACAAGAAGAUAGGCGAAUAUCUAACAAACCAAAUCUUAAAACAUUAGUUGUGAGAAAUUAUCCACGUGUAACGAAUUCCAGCCUUAUCCAUUUGGCUCUGAAUGCAUCAAGAUUGGAAUAUUUAGAUGUAACUGGUACUUCCGUAACGAGAGAGGGAGUUGUAGCAUUUAAAUCACAAAAAGCCAAUGUUAAAAUUGUCUCAUCGUUUGACGAAAUAUAAUUAAGGUCAUGUUAUUCAAAUUAGGAAUUAAUGACUAUUUAUUAAUAUUUUUAUUAAAAAUUAUUAACACUUUUGUAUAUGUGGAUAUGUGUGUCAAGUUUUUGAUGAAUUUCUCUGUAGUUAAUUCAACUUAUUUUCAAGAAUUUUCUAUAAUUUUGGUUUGUUAUUACACUAGAACUUUAUUACACGUUUAGUAAAAGUUAAACUAAGUGAUAAAGAUCCGCUCUUUUAUGUUACUAUUCAGUGGUUCAUGUAAUUUAUCUUUUUUAUGUUUCUUUUUAUGAAUAUCCUAUGUUAAAACUAAAUGAGCAAAUGGAAUCUUGGUCGACGCAGUUAUCGGCACGGACUUUCCGGUCACUCCAAUAUAUACAAAUUAAAAUGUCGGACAUGUAUGUUUCUCGAUCCUAUUUUCGAUUAUUCUCACUAGAUAAUUAAUAUAAAACAAUAAGAGUUCGACUCUUUUAUCAUCACGAUAAUUAUUAUUAGUAAUCACUGAGGAAGAUUCAAAAUAAGAUCAAAACAUUCGAUUUUAUAAAGAUAGAUAUAAUAAGUCAUAGAAGUAACCGCAUCAACUAAGGUUCUUGCGCAUUUAUCUUUAACGUUAUAACGUGUUUAUUUAUAAUCUUUAAUUAGAAAUAUUUUAUGACUCUGAGUAUAGCCGAAUUAUAUCGGGGGAUAUCAUACGUAAUAUCGUUAUCGUAUAUAUCAUGUAUAUCAUAUAUAUCCUCUGUAGAAUUGUCGUUAGUUGAAUAUCUUGUUACCUAUGAUUUAAUAUUUACAAAUAUUAUAUAAGUUUUAUUAUUGUG